AUGUAUUCUUUACAAUACCUAUUGAGUGUUAGUGCUGUGGUGUUAAGUUUAUCUCAAGUCACACUAUCGGGAAAGGAAGAAAUUGAAAUACAAAAAAUAUUUGCAACAUGCAAGAGAAAAUCGCCAGAGUUCGAUGGAUGCGUCAAACGAGCCUUAAAUAAACUGAAGCCAUAUUUUAAGAGAGGUAUACCAGAUAUGGGUGUUGCGUCGUUUGAUCCUCAUUUCGCGCGUGAGGUAAAGCAGGUCCGAACUGUGGGUGGUAUGGGGUAUACGCUCAAACUAAAAAAUGUCUUUGAACGAGGUUGGUCGCAAUCUACCGUCACAAAAUACAAGACAGAUUGGGACAAUCAGAGAAUAAUUUAUUCUCAAUAUUUUCCUGAAAAAUCAUUGGAAGGUGAUUACGAAUUUAAGGGAGAUGCCUUCGGUCUUGGAGUACUCCGUACUGGUCACUGGAACUUGACUCUACGUGAUUACUCUCAGACAACGAGAAUCAAACGAAAUGGAAGCGGCGUAGAUGUACACGUUGAGAUCGAUCAUAUUGGCGAUAUGGACAUUCAUGUCGGCAAUCUGCUGCAAGGCCGGAGUAUAAUGGAAGGUGUUCUGGAUCGUAUUAUAAAUGCAUCUUGGAAACCAGGAUUCGCGGUAAUAAGGCCGCUCAUUAACGACUUAGUCAGCACUGCCUUUACAGACAUCUGGAGUACGUCCUUCAAAGAUUUUCCCAUCGAGGCCUUCAUCCGGGACUGA